AUGGCAAGUACCACCCCUCAGGAGCGAUUGAACAAGUUGUUCUCCAACCAAACGCUCCCAACAGCUCCAACUCCCGGUCAACCUCACUUCUCGGAAAAAGAGCUUGAGCAAAGAGCAGUAAAAGAGCAACAGCCUUGGAGUGUUCCUGAAACUGCUCAAUAUCCAAGAGAUACCAAAUCACUCAAAGCGCAAGAGCCUCAAAGAGACAUCGUUAUUCUUACCAGCUCGGACGACGAUGACGACUAUAUCUCUUCGUUCAAGAAGAAGCCUUCUAUGAAACCCUCCCUGAAGCCAUCUCAGCCGAUAUCAAGCGUCAUUCAUGCAAACAAAACGAGUAAAAGCCUCAAGGAUCCUGUCCUCGAUCCCGAGGAGACUGUUGGGUAUAUUGCUCACGGCAAGCGCUCUGAGCGGAUUUCCUCCAAACGCGUGACAGAGCGUUCCGAUUCAGACAAGGAGCUGCCGACAACAGACAAGAGAGGAAAUCCGGUCGCCGGACACUUCUGUCAAUUCCACCUUGCAGCCAAAUUCCCAUACAAAUACAUGAAUGAUGUCAAUGAUCGUGUUUCACGCCACUUCUUCGCAUCCAAUAAAUUCUACAACCGAACCUGGGACCUCUACUACCUGCAUCCGCCAGCCAGCUUGACAGCGAAAGCGAUCAUUCUUGUUCCCUUUGAACAGGUCCAGGAGCUCAUUGCAGAGAUUGGAAAAACAUUCAAAAUCCCCGUGUCAGUGCCACCAUUUCCGUUUACUUUCACAUUUUUCGAGGACGAAACCCCGAAACCUCAACAUUUGGGCCAGGCACACUCCAAGGAUGAAGCACAAGAACUGCAGAACAGUGUUCCAACUGCUACUCCCGGCCACGGUGAAUGCCCACAUAAUACCUCACCUGAAAGUAGACAGCGCUUUGAAGAUUUCAAGCACGAUUGUCAAGCUGCCAUCUUGGCGGCCGGUAAGACUAAAGGUGGACGGGGCAAGAAGAAGGUGGAAUACGAUCGGUUGACAGCGAUAAGAGAUUGGUAUGUGCAAUUGAGAAGAGCUCAGCGAUAUUUGGGUCUCCGCCGGAAGACUGGGCAGAUUCUCCCUCCCAAUCUUAGCAUGACAUGGGAAGAACAAGAACAAUUCCGUCUUCAGCAGUUGAAGAGCGCUCAUGUUACCUUGGAGCCGCUCGACCUGAGUGCACCGGCUCCAUAUGCUUUUGAAGAAGAAACCGUUUUCAUUGCGGUUGAUAUCGAGUCAUAUGAAAGAGCCCAUAACCUUAUUACCGAAAUCGGAAUCAGCACUCUGGACACCCUCGACCUGGUAAAUGUGCCUCCAGGACCAAGAGGCAAGAACUGGACAGAGCAAAUUCGUUCUCGACAUUUCAGAAUUCGUGGCAGAGAGCACUUGGUCAAUAAAGACUUUUGUCGUGGAGAUCCAAACUCCUUCCAAUUUGGCAGAUCUGAAUGGGUCGAGCUCGAAGAUGCUACCACCAAGGUGGACAGCUGCUUUGAGUGGCCUUUCUCCGUGGAUUUCAAGCACCCCAGCCUGAUCGAUCCUUGGAGCGCUGAGCCAGUCAAGCAUGCAAAGGGGGACGAAGCCUCCCAACCAACUUCUACUCAUCUCGGAGGCACCAGCAUGGAUCUGGUCAAUAUUGAACAAGAGGCCGCGAAUAGAGCAGCUGUCACCAGCGUUCUGACGGGCAUUGGCGAUCAGGAAGCCAUCAAGCAUGCUAUCGCACUUGCCAAAACAAAUCAAUCAGGAGCAGAAGCUCUCCAGAACGGACCAAAACAGCGCAAGAUUAUUUUGGUUGGGCAUAGUAUUGGAACGGAUGUCGCGUAUCUAAAAGACCUCGGAUCCAAAAUCUUUACGUCGUCGCGGGCCACCUAUCCCGUUGCCGCCAUGGAUAUUAUGGCCCAAGGAGAGCGUUAUUCCGAGACGCUGGCUUCAAUCAUCGAUUCACUUGACACGGCACCGUUAUUUCGGAUCUUGAAGGAAGAAACCCAGAACCGCAACCUUGCUUCAAUCAUGGGAGAUUUAGGCCUCCCAUGCUACUUCCUUCACAAUGCCGGGAACGAUGCACGAUAUACACUGGAAGCGCUAGUAGCAAUGCUGAUUGAGGCACGAUUGAAAGGUGACCAGGAGCAAAAGAAAGAUGAGGAAGCAGAGAAGCGGCAAAAAUCAGGUGACGAUGAGUCCGGAAAGUAUGCCAAGUCAGCAGGGCCAUCCAGUCUAGACGGGAGCCAGCGACAGACAGAAGAACUGGAAGCUUUUGAGGCUGCAGUCCUGGCGUCGUCUGGGGAUGAAGCAUCUCCUCGACAUCAGAGAGAUGAGGCUAUUGCUGCAAUUACGGAAAGAUUGAAGCUGGACCCGACCGUCGAUGAAGAAGAACCGAGGCGCCCAUUCUGCUAG